AUGGGAAAUUUGCCAAAGUUUUUGCUGAUUUUUUCCACCCUUUUGUUAACUCUAGGAAUAUCAUCAACCUCGGCUCAAUCAUCGUGUUCAAAGUACAGAUUUGCAAGCAACAAAAUUUACAGCACCUGCAGUGAUCUUCCGCAACUGAACUCAUUCCUUCAUUGGUCCUACAGCCCAUCUUCCAAAACUCUCCAGGUUGCAUUCAGGCACGCAACCAGUUCAUCACAGAGAUGGGUUGCUUGGGCCAUCAAUCCAACUUCACCUGGAAUGGUUGGAUCCCAAGCCCUUGUUGCCUUCCAGAAAUCAGAUGGCACAAUGAGAGCCUACACUUCACCUGUCAACAGUUAUCAGACUGGAUUGGAAGAAAGGGAUCUCAGCUUUCCUGUUUCUGAUUUAUCUGCUACAUUCUCAAACAAUGAAAUCACCAUCUUUGCUACAUUAAAGCUUCAAAACAUCAGCACAACAGUCAAUCAGGUUUGGCAAGAAGGCCCUCUUUCCAAUGACAGCCCUGGAAUGCAUCCCACCACAGGCCCAAAUGUUCAAUCCAUGGGGACCCUCAAUUUGCUUUCUGGAGAAUCAAAGGUCUCUGCAACUGGAGCUGGAAUUUCUUCCAAACUCAAGAAGAAGAAUGCUCAUGGUUUGCUGAAUGCUAUAAGCUGGGGGAUUUUGAUGCCAUUGGGUGCUAUCAUUGCUAGAUACGUUAAAGUGUUCCCUUCUGCUGAUCCUGCUUGGUUCUAUCUCCACGUUUGUUGCCAAUUUUCUGCAUACAUUGUUGGUGUUGCCGGGUUCGCUACCGGCAUUCGGCUUGGAAGCCAAUCUCCCGGAAUCACUUACACUUCCCACAGGGUCAUUGGAAUUCUAGUCUUUUGUCUUGCAACUGUUCAGUUCUCUGCUUUGCUGCUUAGGCCAAAGAAGGAUCACAAGUACAGGGUUUACUGGAAUGUCUACCAUCACUCUUUUGGGUACACGAUUCUUAUCCUGGGAAUCAUCAACAUUUUCAAAGGAUUGGAUAUACUUAAUCCUGGGAAGAAGUGGGAAAGAGCUUACAUUGCUGUUCUGGUCAUCCUUGCUGCUAUUGCUGUGACUUUGGAAGUCAUUACCUGGAUCAUUGUCUUGAGGAGGAAGAGAUCUUCUAAUGCCAGUGCCAAUCUUGGGAAGGUCAAUGGGACUAAUGGAGUGAAUGGUUAUGGAUCUUACAGAGCUUAG